AUGGCUGGCCCUAGAAUUCAUAUCCUCGGCGCUGGAAAUAUUGGUUCGCUAGUCGCUACGUCGCUUGCAGCGACUCCUGGAAAAACAUGCCAACCACUCGUUAAUUUAAUUUUGCGAUCACCAGAACGCGUGCGGGACUAUGAGCGCCAGGGUGGUGCGCUGACGAUCUAUCGUACCGUGGCAGGUGUUCCCGUGGAAAUCAGUCGUCAAAUUCCUGCUGUUGAUCCAAACUCACUUGUUCGACGAUACCAGGCAUCCUUGGGUCAAUCAAAUAAAAACAAAAGCAAACCUGAUAACAGUACGCUCGACAAUCUGGUAGUCAGUGUGAAGACCCAUCAAACAGUAUCAGCAUUAGGCCCACUUAUUCCUGCCAUCACACCGUCAACGGCGAUUCUGCUGCUACAAAAUGGCAUGGGUUCCUAUGAGUCUUUAUGCCGGACAUACUGGCCUGACCCUGCGCUGCGGCCACAGUUUUAUGUAGCCAUUACAACCCAUGGAGUAAACUCUGUUGGGGCCCCACAUCAACAGCACCUCUCUAACUUUUCGUUUACCCACGCAAGUCCUGGAUACAUAACCAUAGCACGGGUGCCUUCCAAUCCACAACUGGCUGAAACAUCAGAUGAGGCACUUGAGAAACAACAAGAAGAAGAUGCAAGCCGACAGUCGCCGCUUGUGAAAGCUUUGGAGCAUGCACCAGGACUUAAAGCUCGCUACGUACCUUACCCAGAAUUUUUGGUUACACAGGUUGAUAAGCUGGUUGCAAAUGCAGUGAUUAACCCGCUAACUGCACUUUACGAGUGUUACAAUGGCGAACUUUCAGCACUUUCAAGUCUUGAUAGUCUUGUUUACGGUUUAAGCCGCGAGUGCGCAGAUGUUUUCUGUGCCGAAUAUCGUGACAUUAUUCCAGCGGCCGAGCUGCAUGCUAGUUUCAACGUCGCACGCUUUGCUGAUCUUGUGUCUAGCGUCAUCAAAGCUACAGCUGAAAACCGAUCCAGUAUGCUUCAAGAUGUACUGGCCCUUCGAGACACAGAAAUUGAUGAUAUCUGUGGCCAUGUUGUACGUCUCGGAUAUAAGCAUGGUAAGGGUGUGUUGCACCACAAGAUGAUGUUAGACCUGGUCAAGUCCAAGGUAUCUUUGGGCCGUGAUAGAGCCAAACGUUCAGCUCCAAUUGUAAAUAUUUAA